AUGGCAAAAGUUCACUUCCUUACGGCACUUGCCUGUGCUGCAGUGGCCGACGCAUGCAACAAGAACUCAGAUUGCGCGAGCAACUGGUGCGACGGCGGCACUUUCUUUUCGUCUGGCCGGUGUAAGCCACAGAGGGCGGAUGGCGAAAGAGCGGUAGGGAGUUGGCCCAGCUACGACUACAACAUCUGCCUUGCCGGGCGUGGCAAGUGUGGUAUUUGUGGCGAUCGGGUUCCUGAUGGCAGCGCCUGCACUGAGAAUAGGGACUGCAAGUCGGACUGGUGCGAAGGCUUUGGCAGCUGCAGCGGCGAGUGCAAAGGGCGUAAGGCCGAUGGGACCAGGAUUGUUUGUGACAGCCUCUCCAUUACCACUGGCGGCUGCGACUACAAUCAAUGCGAAGCCCGUGCAGGCAAGUGCGGAGUCUGCGGGCGCAGCGUGCCCGAUGGUUCGACUUGCUCGGAGAAUGCUGACUGCAGCAGUGGCUGGUGCGAAGGCUUCCCAUCAGCCGGUUGCCAAGGCACAUGCAGGCCCAAGAAAGAUGAUGGGUUCCGGCUGGAGUGUAAUGACCCCACAAAGGUCGCUUCUGGGGGUUGCGAUUACAAUCAAUGCAAAGCCUCUGAAGGCAGAUGUGGAGUCUGUGGUCGCAAGGUUCCUAGUGGAACUGCGUGUUCCCAGGAGAGCGAUUGCGUAAGCAACGUGUGCCGCUUGCCCGGAGGUGUUCUUGGCACUUCUGCCGGCUGCAAUGGUCAGUGCACCGAGCCCUUGCCGGAUGGAUCCAUGUUGCCACGACUCACGUGGCCCAUCAAUGGUGCGUUCUAUGACUACUCCGAAUGUUCUGGCAAGGCUGGCAUCUGCGGCGUUUGCGGGAGUCGGGUUGGUGAAGGUGCAAAAUGUUCGGCAUCAACAGACUGCGCGGAGGAUCUUUGUUGUGGCGGCCUCCUUGAAGGUCGCAUUUCCGUCAACUGCCAGGGCACCUGCGUCAAAAAGACCCCAAGUGCUUGCCCAAGCUUGGUGGACAUGAGCGCUCUGACCGAGGUGGUGGACAGUUUCGUGAAGUUCGCCAAAGACUUCGGCCAAUGCAUGAUCGAGGAGGUGGUUGACCCGUGGCUGGAGGACGAGUAUGGCUGCAGAUUCAGCGCCUCCCCUAGCAAAAUGACGGCGUCGCUCACCUGCGCAAAGCUCGACCCUGAAAGGGCUCGUCGCCUUGCGGCUACGGACGAGACGGGUUCCUGGGCUCGACGCUUUGGAUAUGCUUCCGCACGGGCAGCCCGCGUUGCAGAGCCCGUCCUAUACCGACUCGGACGGCCCGAGCUUGGACUCGGCCGGCAGCUCCUGGGCAUCGGCUCGGCGGAGGAGCCGACUACCAGCCAGCUGGGCUGCCGACAGACCCAGUACUGCAACGCCGGGGCCGUCGUGAGCCUUGUUGCAAGCAUCGACUUCAAGCCGAAAGUUUCCAUCGACAUUGAUACCACGGCCAGUACCGCAACUAUCAGCUUGGAGGGAGACGUGACUGGUAUAGCUGGGGUGGGUGCCCUUGCAGGUGGCUCCUGUACUUAUGAGAGGGAGCUUUUCUUCCCGAGUGCACCGAAGCCUGUGGCCACGUACUGCCUGUAUGCAGUGUGUGUCACUGUCCUGAUUCAGGGCUCCGUGAAGCUGGCGAUCGAGGGAGAGUUGCAGGCCACGGCAAGCGCGGAGUACCACACAGUGUACAAAGUCGGUGGCCAGACAACUUUGGAGCUUUCCUCCGACAACCUCGAUCAGAGUGCCAACGCGGCCAUUACUGCAGAACGUGUCAGUGACCACUGGAGCCUGAAUGCAGUAGGUUCGAUGUCGGCUGCAAUCUCGGUCACGGUGGGUCCCGUCGUUACCGUGCUCGUGGUCCCUGGCACCUUUGCGACCCUGCAUCCUUAUGUCAUGGCUCAAGCCUCCCUCUUUGGCACGAUGAAGUUUGAGAAAGCUUCUGCCAGUGAGGCUCCCGAGGGCAUCACGGCCGUUUCCUGGCCAGUCUCCUCGGAGGUCUGCACCGAUGAGGCCCAGAAGCAGAGCCUGGCGAACAGACAGUUCACCCAGGAGAGGCCGGGGAAGGAAACGACAAGUUCUGGCAACGCCACCAGUGGACAAGGCUUCACCUUGGCUACAGACCUCCUCGACACUGACGGGCAGUGCUUCGCUGUCGGCUGGAACGCCGUGGUCGGCGUCGAAGCCACGGUUCUCGGACCUCCUCCGGGGCUACAGGACCUGACCCAGGUUCUGAGUGCAGUCAGCAGCGAGUUGGAAGCAUCGCUGACGAAAUUCUCUCUGGGAUCCACAGCAGCACUGGGUGCCGUGAACUGUGUUGGCAGAUGGAUCACGGGCGAUGAGAACUUUGACAUGGUGGCAGCUGGUCUUACUGCGGCAGUUCAGGGACUUUUGGGCAAGAUCCCGACCAGCAGCUUGGAUGAGCUGCCCGUGUUUGACACAGAGGCUUGCUUUGACAUGUACAAGGCGAGUGUCGGAGAAGGUUGCUUGUGCUCUGUGGGCUGUGCUCGAAGGGAGGGUGCCAACUGUGCUCCGAAUGAUGGAAGCACAAGCCUCGCUCGGCAGACUCGUCAGACGGGCGGCAAGUUCCUUUGCGUACUGCUUGCUGCCUGGUCUUCCCUCCUAAGGAGGAUCUGA